GACCGUGAACACUACUUUUGUAGCACCUUAUAGAAAGGGCACGUGCUCCAGUUGUAAGGGUGCAGUGGGGUACAAACUUCAGUAUAUAAACUCGCGAUAUCUAAUUUCGAAGCAUAAUCACAUCUUGUUCUCCGUACGUUGAGUGCAAUAUCAGCAGCCUUAGCAAAAUGUUCAAAUUGGUAGCUUUGUUGGCCCUCUUCGCCGUUGUCAACGCAGGACUAAUCGGUCAUGGAGCAAUUGGACACGAUGCUUUCAUCGCUCAUGCGGCUCCCAUCGCCUUCGCGCACCACGAUGCGUCUUCCUACGCCAACCACAACUCCAUAUCGUUACACCCGGUGCCAAUUGCCGUUCCCCACGCAGCUCCAAUUGUGCACGCCGCCCCUAUUGCUCACUUUGGAAUAGCCCAUGGUCACGGUCAUCAUGGAUGGUAGAAACUGAGAAACGAGAAGAUUGUCAUCGAAAUUGAAUGUAUUA